UAGAAACGAUCCGGAGCGCAACCGAGCCUGACGUCCUAACCUAUCAUCUCGGUUGACAUCAAAAGAAUUUAAAAGUUCAUUUGAAAUUAUACGCAAACUCAUAAAAUCCGAAAACCUCCAGAAGACCAAUUAUUUGUAUCAAUGAUAUCGAGUAGGCAUCGCAGAGGACAAGUGCGACGGGGCUUGUUGUGAAAUGUUAUCACCUUCCUUUUAGAAACUUAUGCGGGAUGGAGAGUUCCGGCGAAAGUGCGUCGAGCAAUCAGGCACCUGCUCGCGGCGAAAGAAAGAGUACUCGGGGCUCGAGGCAAAGGGCCGUGGAUAACUUGAGCAAGAAAUUCUUGAGGAACUUCGAUCCAGAGCACAGCGAACGAGAGAAGCGUAAGCUAUAUCGUCGAUUGUAUCAGAGCUACAGGAAGCACCUGUACAACGACGUGGGCAUUUUCAUACGGACGUCGGACGAUCUUUGUGACUGCUUGAGCUUGGAUUGUCCUGGAUGCCACUUUCCGUGCCCUAAAUGUUCUUCCCCGAAAUGCGCCCACGACUGCAGAAAUAAUCGCAAAUGGACCUACGAUACCAUCGGUUGCGAAGGAACCGAUCUUGCGAUAAAGAACCCACUGCUGAAAGAGCCUGAACCGAAGUGAGAGUGUAAAAAAAACAUGCAAAUGCGCAUCUGUAAGUACCUGUACAUAAAAUACCCUCAGGAAUUACUGGAUUCUUAUAUUAUUACUUUUAUAUAAAUUGUAUUUAACAAGCGAAAAUGAACUUAAUAAAUUCCUGAAACACAAAGAAGAAAUGUGCUUUCGUACAAUAUACUCGUCUCGGAACGAGUCUUCCAGGGCGUCGCAAAACGUACAAAUAAUUUUACGUUAUUUAAUCGAGCGACCGUAAUUUCGCCGGAUUCAAUUUUCGGGGCUGAAAUCUCCGCGCGGAGACGGCAGAUCUCGCUGCAAAUCGAUUUCGCUGAAAUUACGACGUCCCCCGUGAUCCGUAAUUCGCCCCCAGGGUGCACCCUCGCGCGGUCACGCCACUGACGCCGCAUACACCCACUCACCCACACACACACGUGGAAGCGCUAUUGAUUUUCCCGUGGCGCUUUCGGUGACGCGACGGUGCGUACACGUCGCGCGCACACCCACACCACGCAGCGCGGAGGGCGCGCGCUUCGUUUUCAUCCGUGAAAUCGUCCAAGUUCGCGCGAUUUGGGAAAGGAAGAAAAAUAAAGAAACAGGCAAGAUUAUACCGUUAUCAACCGUUAUGUCAAUCGCGAGAGAGUCACGGCUCGCGAGUCAGUCGUCGAUCGGGGCGUAAAAAGAAAAAAGCGACGCGACCAAGCCCGGAACGGAUAUCGCAUUAUCGCACUCGCG